UACCUCAUGCUUGCAUCUCAACCCACAUCAAUAUUACUCUCUCUCUCUCUCUCUCCAUCUCUCUCACACACUUUGUCUCUAAAUGCUUAUGAUUAUUCAAGGUUCAUAAUUUAAAACUAAAACAAAGCUGGUGAUGAAUUUGAUGCAGAAUUAAAGAAGUACAAUACAGUACCUGUUGUUUUUGUUUUUCCUUUUAUUAUCAUGGAAACCAUGGAUCAAUCAUCAUGUGUUCCUCCUGGAUUUCGAUUUCAUCCAACUGAUGAAGAACUUGUUGGCUACUAUCUAAGGAAGAAAGUUGCAUCUCAGAAGAUCGAUCCUGAUGUCAUUAGAGACAUCGAUCUCUACCGGAUCGAACCAUGGGAUCUAAUAGAGAGAUGUCGUAUUGGAUAUGAGGAGCAAACUGAAUGGUACUUCUUCAGUCACAAGGAUAAGUAUCCUACUGGAACAAGAACAAAUAGAGCAACAAUGGCGGGUUUUUGGAAGGCCACUGGAAGAGACAAGGCAGUGUAUGAAAAGCUAAGGCUCAUAGGAAUGAGGAAGACUCUUGUGUUCUACAAAGGAAGGGCUCCAAAUGGACAGAAAACGGACUGGAUCAUGCACGAAUACCGGCUCGAAUCCGACGAAAAUGGUCCUCCUCAGGAAGAAGGAUGGGUUGUGUGUCGCGCAUUCAUGAAGCGGUCAACGGGACAAACAAAACGCAAUGAAGGAUGUGAGCCGAACUUCUACUAUGAUGAGUCAAGCCGUGUUAGCCCGACCAUGGAUCCACUUGAGUAUAUCACUAGUCAGUCUACAAGCUCGAUACUCUCACAAAGCUUCAUGUGCAAGCAAGAAUUGGAAGCAACCGAGAAUUUAAACUUUGUGCAUUGUGAUCCAUUCGUACAACUUCCACAACUCGAGAGCCCAUCUCUCUCAUCAAUAAAGAGGCCUAGCUCUAUAUCGUUGGUGUCGUCAUCAGACAAUAACGAUCAGGAAGAUGAUCUACCAAGAGGGGGAAGCAUAAACAAUGAUAAUAGUAACAAUAAUAAAGAUAUCACUAAUAAGGUGACUGAUUGGAGAGCUCUUGAUAAGUUUGUAGCUUCGCAAUUAAGCCAAGAGGAUGGAUAUGGAAUCGGGGAGGGAUUGUCUUCGAGCUUUGAAGGGAAAGUAAAUUCAAAUCAUCUGUCUUAUAUGUUUAUAAAGGGUGGUAGGGAAGAAGAAGAUGAAGAUGGGGGAGGAGGAGUAGGGAAGAUUAAUGGAUUAACCACUCAAGAACAUUGUGAUAUUGGGAUGUGCAUAUUUGAUAAGUGAUGAAUAUGGAGUAUUAGGAGAUGAUCACGAUAGUAGUUUGAUAUGUAUAAGAGUUUGCAUAAUAUUUAGACACAUAUAUAAUAUAUAUAUAUAAAUGUAUCUCUCCUUCUUUA